AAAAUGGCGGCGCCCAUGAAAACACCCUCCUGUAGAAUCGGUCCAUCUAUUUUGAAUGCAGAUCUCUCUGAACUAGCUUCAGAAUGUCAGAGAAUGAUGGACAGCGGAGCAGAUUAUUUGCACUUGGACGUUAUGGAUGGACAGUUCGUUCCUAACUUAACGUUUGGUCACCCUGUUGUAAAAUGUCUCCGGCCCAAACUUCCGGGAGUUUUCUUUGACAUGCACAUGAUGGUCCAGAAACCUGAGCAAUGGAUUGAGGGAAUGCAUGAUGCAGGUGCUGAUCAAUACACAUUUCAUUAUGAAGCAACAGAUGACCCGACAGGGUGUAUCAGGAAAAUAAGAGAAGCUGGAAUGAAGGCCGGAAUUGGAAUCAAGCCAAACACUGCUGUAGAUGUGCUAGUUCCCCUAGUUGACUUGGUGGACAUGGUCCUCAUCAUGACAGUAGAACCAGGUUUUGGUGGACAAAAGUUCAUGCAAGAUAUGAUGCCAAAGGUUCAGUUUUUGAGAGAGAACUUCAAAGGCGUAGAUAUCGAGGUUGAUGGAGGGGUUGGACCUGGAACCAUCCAGCACUGUGCAGAGGCUGGUGCUAAUAUGAUUGUGUCAGGAAGUGCUGUAGUGAAGAGUGACAAUCCAAGGGAGACAAUGCGACAUAUGAGGGACAUUGUGGAAGACUCUAUACAAAAAUCUCUUCUGGAAAGAUAAUUGUAUGUGUAUAGGUCUUACAAAUCUACAGGACGAAGUGAUCAAUCAAUAGUUGUUUUUAAUGAAAAUGAAAAAAAAAAAAAAAAAUCCCAUGAAUUGAUCUGAUGUUACACCUCUAUAUA